GCAAACAAUUCGCUUUCCUUUUAAGCAAACGAUUCCCCUAGCGUGGAACCCUUUCCAUUCUCUCUCUCUCUCUUUCUCUCACCCUGCGAUAAGGACUGCCCUCUCACAUUUUUCACAAAUCCUCAAAACCCAGAUUGCCAAUCCCCCUCAUUUAUCAAAACGAAAACCACAAAUCCUCACAACCCAGAAUUCCAAGAUCUCAGAGCAGAGCAGAGCGGAGAAGGAGAAGAUGUGCUUCCCGGGGAGAGUGUGCAUGUGCUGCACGUGCCUGAUUCUGGUGGCGAUACUGAUCGGGAUGUUGUUCGGGUUCGGAGUCUUCAAGAACGGGUUUCACAAGCUGAAAGACACUGUGGAUUAUUGUGAUCCCAAUGUUCAUGGCUCUCUCUGUGGCAGCAGACCCUUCUUGGGUUACGCUGCACCGCCUCCUUACCACUAGUUGGGUUCCUCUAAUUCCUUGUAAUUGUCUUUGUUUAAUUUUUUUUUUUCUCUCGUUAUUAUUUGAAUUUGGUAAUCUGGGUUCCUGCGUUGCAUUGCAGCUGGGGAUUUGGAUGUUGUUCUUGGAAUCUAGGUUCUUUAAUUCUAUAUUGUUAAUGUUGGGCCUUGAUCUUUGUGUGACCUUGAUAUUUUAAUUGAAUUGAAUUUAUUUAUUUUUUCUUUAAA